AUGUCUGAACAUUCAGCGAUAAACUUUCCUCCCGUUUCGAGUGAUGUGGUCAACCUCGCUAUCGCCGAACUUGCCAUCUACGCCAUAUUAUUUCCGGCAGCACUGUGGAUUACAUGGAAGCACGGCAAGAAAGGCAUGGUCUGCUGGCCUAUUUUUCUAUCGCAUUUCGGUGCAAGAUUCGUGGCCGACAUUUACCAAAUCAUCAAACGAGACGAACCAUUACUUCCCAAUCAGGUCAACAUUAUGACAAAUGCCGCCAGCAUAGCUUGCUUGACCUUGACGCUGAUUGGCAUAGUUUACGAAGCUAACAUCAUUCUCCCGAGCCCACCGAAGCGCUGGACCGAGAAGAUCAUACUGGGCGUCACUCACCUCGCCAAUACUGCCGGAAUCGCUAUUGCAACAUAUGGGGGUUCUCCGAGCCCCAAAGGCGGCGUUGCAAACGAGAAUUUGAACCAAAUCGGCAACUGUCUACAACUAUUUGUACUGUUUGGUGUCUGCUUCUGGAUGUGGCCCACGUACAGACGCAUUCGCUCUGCUUCAUCCCCUAACUGUCGCCCGGCCAUGCUUAUGCUACGAGCGACAGUCGUCGGCAUGCCGUUUCACUUGAUUCAUUUGGCAUAUACCACGACAUACGCCUUCAACCGUAUCACCAGCCUUGACCCUGUUAUGGGUUCCUUUGCGACUAAGCUCGUUCUGCUCUUCGGCACAGAGCUCUGCACCACCUUGGCCAUGCUCGGAGGCGGCUGGCUCGGUAUGAGCGCCGACAUUCCUAAGACGGUUCAAAUGGAGCUGUCACCUGUUGACGUCGAGGGCAGCAAUAAUGAUCCUGUGAGAGACGACAUUCCUUUGUCCCGGGAUUGGAACAGAGACGACAUCGCCAGGGCGAAGCUGGGCUUCGUCUAA